AGCCAUUGUCGUCCCUUCUGAUUCAAAUAAGAGAGAGAGAGAGAGAGAGAGAGAGAGAGAGAGAGAGAGAGAGAGGUAAGUAGCUUUCGAGCAACAAUAAUAAUAUUAGCAGCAGAGGCUCAGCUCCGCCACGUCCCUUAGCCGGAGAAAUCAUUUCCAGUUCCAAACAAAAAGAAUAUAAAAAAUUAAAAAAAAACCGUUUCUCUUUCUUUUCUUUCUAUUGUUUGAAGACAUGUUGUGCAACAGUUGAGAGCAGUUGCAUGCCCAUAAAACUUCCUUUCUUUCUCAUUUUCCCGAUCUUCGCAUUAAUCAUCGUACUCCUGGGAUCUCAAUAAACCAAAAACCCAGCUUAAAAGAAGAAGAAGAAGAAGAUCUACUUGUUGAAACGACACCUUGUACUGUCGUUUUAGUUAAAGCUCGAGAUCUACGUUUCCUUCUUGGCUUCUGAGCUUCUAGCGGUGGUGGGUUUUCUAUAGGAAUAAUCAAAGUUGUUGUCUUUUUUUUUUCUUUUUAAUAUAUACAAUUUUUUGUUAAUGGGAGUAAACGGUGGGUAGUUUACAAAAGUAAUGAAGGAGUGGAGGAUUAGGAGAAGCGGCUUUGAGGUCGGCGAGACAAAGAUUGCGAGCUUAUUUGGCUGAUGUGUGUUCUGUAAGGAAGAAAGUAGAAGAAAUCUGUUUUCUUUUUUUCUUAGGGUUUUUGGAUUUGUGAAAAAGAUUUGGUGGGUGGGGGGAGGUGGGAGGGUAACUACAAUUAAACAAAAACAAAAAAAGUUAAAAGCUUUUUUGGUGUUUCCUCGUCAAAAUUACAUUUGGGCAUCUUGGAUCUUUGAAGAAACAAAGUUGGAAGUUUUCUUUUUAAGUUCAGAAAAAAAAAGAAAGAAAGAUGAGAUUGUCUACAGCUGGGUUUAAUCCUCAACCUCAUGAAGUUACAGGAGAGAAGAGAGUUCUAAAUUCGGAGCUGUGGCAUGCUUGUGCUGGUCCUCUUGUCUCGUUACCUCCUGUUGGAUCCAGAGUUGUGUAUUUCCCUCAAGGUCACAGUGAACAGGUCGCUGCUUCGACCAACAAAGAAGUGGAUGCUCAUAUACCAAACUACCCGAGCUUGCAUCCUCAGCUUAUCUGUCAGCUUCACAAUGUCACAAUGCAUGCUGAUGUGGAGACUGAUGAAGUCUACGCACAAAUGACUUUACAACCGUUGAACGCUCAAGAACAAAAAGAUCCAUACCUGCCGGCGGAGUUAGGUGUCCCUAGUAGACAGCCUACAAACUAUUUCUGUAAAACUCUGACUGCUAGUGAUACCAGCACUCAUGGUGGUUUCUCUGUUCCUCGCCGAGCUGCUGAGAAAGUUUUCCCUCCCUUGGAUUACUCUCAGCAGCCUCCAGCUCAAGAGUUGAUGGCGAGAGAUCUGCACGAUAACGAAUGGAAGUUCAGGCAUAUUUUCCGAGGCCAACCCAAGAGACACCUCCUCACUACUGGUUGGAGCGUAUUUGUGAGUGCUAAAAGGCUUGUCGCUGGUGACUCUGUGCUUUUCAUCUGGAACGAUAAGAAUCAGUUACUUCUUGGUAUUAGACGAGCCAAUCGUCCACAGACUGUCAUGCCUUCAUCUGUGUUAUCAAGUGACAGUAUGCAUUUAGGCCUUCUUGCUGCUGCAGCUCACGCAGCCGCUACUAAUAGUCGUUUCACCAUCUUCUAUAACCCAAGGGCAAGCCCUUCAGAGUUUGUGAUACCUCUGGCUAAGUACGUGAAAGCGGUUUAUCACACUCGCGUCUCUGUUGGCAUGCGGUUUAGGAUGCUGUUUGAAACCGAGGAAUCAAGUGUUCGUCGGUACAUGGGUACAAUAACUGGCAUUUGUGAUCUUGAUCCUACUCGUUGGGCCAAUUCUCAUUGGCGCUCCGUCAAGGUUGGAUGGGAUGAGUCCACUGCAGGAGAGAGGCAACCGAGAGUUUCCUUGUGGGAGAUUGAGCCUUUGACGACAUUCCCUAUGUAUCCAUCUCCUUUUCCUCUCAGGCUUAAACGUCCAUGGCCUCCAGGUCUCCCUUCUUUUCAUGGUCUUAAAGAAGACGAUAUGAGUAUGGGUAUGGGAAUGAGUUCGCCGCUUAUGUGGGAUCGUGGACUUCAGUCACUGAACUUUCAAGGUAUGGGAGUUAACCCGUGGAUGCAGCCUAGGCUUGAUGCUUCGGGAAUGCUUGGUAUGCAGAACGACGUUUACCAAGCAAUGGCUGCUGCUGCACUUCAAGACAUGAGAGGCAUUGAUCCAGCUAAAGCUGCUGCUUCUCUUCUUCAGUUCCAAAACCCCUCGGGCUUCUCAAUGCAACCCCCUUCCUUGAUGCAGCCACAGAUGCUCCAACAGCAACUCUCUCAGCAGCAGCAGCAGCAGCAACAACAACAACAACUCUCUCAACAGCAGCAACAGUCUUAUCUCGGGGUUCCUGAAACCCACCAGCCUCAGUCUCAGUCCAACAAUCUUCUUUCUCAGCAGCAUCAAGUGGUGGAUAAUCAUAAUCCGUCAGCUUCCAGUGCUAUGUCUCAGUUUGGUUCUGCUUCUCAGUCAGCCACGUUGCCGCCCCAGUCCAUGACUUCUCUUCAGAACUUCUCAGACAGCAACGGAGGAAACAACAAUCCAAUGUCUCCGCUCCACACACUUCUCAGUAACUUCUCUCAAGACGAGUCAUCUCAACUGCUCAACCUCACUAGAACAAACUCUGGUGCAAUGACUUCUUCCGGUUGGCCAUCAAAGCGUCCAGCAGUUGAUCUAUCAUCAUUCGGUAACAACAACACUCAAUCCGUGAUUGAGCAACUGGGACAGUCUCACAGCACAAGCAACGUCCCUCCAAAUGCUGUCUCGUUGCCUCCAUUCCCCGGCGGUGGCAGAGAGUGCUCAAUAGAGCAAGAAGGAAGCCCCUCAGACCCACAUAGCCAUCUUCUCUUUGGAGUCAACAUAGAUUCAUCUUCCCUCUUGAUGCCAAACGGAAUGUCAAACCUUAGAAGCAUCGGCAUUGAAGGUGGCGACUCCACCACUCUACCUUUCACAACAUCUAACUUCAACAACGACUUCUCCACCGGUGGUAAUCUUGCAAUGACUACACCUUCUAGUUGUAUAGACGAACCAGGUUUUCUACAGUCCUCAGAAAACCUCGGUUCUGAGAACCAACAAUCCAAUACCUUUGUGAAGGUGUACAAGUCAGGGUCUUUUGGACGAUCAUUAGAUAUAACGAAGUUUAGCAGCUACCACGAGCUGCGAAGCGAGCUUGCUCGCAUGUUUGGCCUUGAAGGCCAGUUAGAAGACCCUGUGAGAUCAGGCUGGCAGCUUGUAUUUGUCGACCGAGAGAACGAUGUUCUUCUCCUCGGCGAUGACCCUUGGCCGGAGUUUGUGAGCAGCGUGUGGUGCAUCAAGAUACUGUCACCACAAGAAGUGCAGCAAAUGGGGAAAAGAGGCCUUGAGCUUCUCAACUCAGCUCCUCCAUCCUCCAACAACAACGUCGUCGAGAAGCUCCCGAGCAGCAACGGGAACUGCGAUGACUUUGGCAACCGGUCAGACCCGAGGAACCUCGGUAACGGUAUUGCAUCCGUUGGGGGUUCAUUCAACUACUAGAGAAAGUAGAGAAGAAAAACCCCUUUUCUUGGUAAUCAAGUUAUUAUGUUUUUAUCAAAAUAGUAUUUGAUCUCUUUUUUUUAGUUUUAAUUACUAGUAAGUUAAAACUCUCUUUAUUACUUACAAAAGGGAGCUUUGUGGAGACAAAAAACGAAAACUAUGUAAUAGAUCUUAUCUUUUAUGUCGUAAUACUGUAAUUAUAAGAUCUUUUUGGUCUUUUUCUUAUGUCA